CGCCGCCGCCGCCGCCGCCUGCCGACCGUAGGCGCAGAAGGUCGUUAGGCGACGCGCGCCCACCUGCCCGCCGGAAGUGGGCGGCCGGCCGACCGGAAGGGUCGCCGGAAAGAGGGGCCGCCACUUCCGCCGGGUGGGGGCGGGGCCGGGCCGGGCCGAGCGCCUGCCCGGCCACGUCCCUGUGGAGCGGUGCUGGGGCUUUCGGGACCACGCUGCAGACCAGGGAGCCCCGGGGAGCAGAAGGGACCCGUGGGAGGCUCUGGAGCCGGGGAAACCGUCGCGGGCCCGCGGCCCGAGCCUUUACCUCUGCGUGCGCGCAUGCGUGGGCCCGGGGCGCUCAGCUGUGAGGCGCAGCCUGGGCAACGGGCGGCGAGAACUGAGCGAGUUAGGACACGGGCAGCCUUCGCAGGAUUGCCUGCGUCUCCUAACGGCAGCUGCCGGUACUUGAUGGAAUAAACGCAGUGCACACCGAGUGGCAUGGAAAGGAAGGGCUUUAGCCCCGGUAGGAAGCUUAGGGGAAAGAACAGGAAACAGCCCUGGAUAAAAUUGAUUUUCAUGCAACACUCAGCCUGGAAGAUGGUCUUUUAUCACCUCGCUUCAGGAAAAUGUAAAACCACCUAUCAGCCCGUGAGGGUGUUUAUAUAGCCAGGACAUGUUAAAAAGAACCAUGUCUCUGCUUUUCUGCAGCUGGAAAGGUUUAUUUAACUGGAGCAGAGCUAGAAUAGAACUAAAUCUUUCCCAGUUGGUGCAACUACAUUGAAGAAUGAAGUUUUCAGCAACUGAAGUCAAAAUGCCUAAUAAGAAUGUAUACUGUCACAUUUAAUAGGGAGAAAUGAGUGACUCAAUGCGUUACAAUUCUAGCUGUUGCUAAGCAACAAGGGCUCUUGUUUUGUCUUCUGGUCUGUUACUGCCCUAUAUUUCCUUUGGUGGAGAAAAAAGUACUUUAAGAGGAAAAAAAAAAACACUUGACAUUUAGCCAAAUCAAUAACAUUAUGUUUAAUUAACCAAUUCUCACCUAUUGGACAUAGGAGAGUUUUGUAGUUAAAGAGUCAGCAGAAACAAUUUGCAGUCAUCCAAUUCUAAAGAGAAAGGCUAUGGCUGUAGAUUCACCUGGAAAGAUAAGUAUCUCUGAACGGCCCAUUCUUUCAAGAACAAAGGCUGUUGAGAAUAUAGAUUACCCACACUACUGUUGUCUCUUAAGAAAAAUGAACAUGCCUUUUGUGAAAGGAGUUGAGGACAGACAUGACUAUGGCAGAAUUGAAAAGAAAGGCAACCCUACUUUUCUUAAAUUUCACCCUUAUCCCCCUUCAGCCAUGCCAGACUAUCAUUUGCACUACCCUUAUCCCCCACCGUAUGGGCCCGAUUACCCGUUAUUUCCACUGCGUGAUGAUGUACCCUUGGGUGAUCCCUGCUCGGGGUUUCUGAGUCCCGGUGGUGAUGCCGAUUUAAAGCCUGGCGUUGGCAGAACCAUACCAAGCCUGGUGGAUUUUAGUGAUGUGAAACCUCAACAUCGAGUUCCUAGGCCAGACACAGGAUUUCAAACGACACUAAAAAGGCAAAAAAAAUUAUUAGGCGAACUCAAACAAGACAGGAAAUGGAAUUCCAGGGCAACAUCAGACAUUUCCAUCAGAGCAAGACUUGGAGGUUGGACAAGCCCGGUGAAAGUUACUCCUUUACAGCACCCACAUGAAGGUUGCUCAGUAAAUCACUCCUACACAUUUGAGGAGGAAGCAACAUGUACGGAUGAUGGAGAACCACUGUUACAGCCAAACAAGAAAUAUAAUGCAAAGGAUUCAUUUUAUAAGUCCUCUACACAAAAAGCUUAUGAGCGUGUUCCCUGGGACAAGAUGCUACCACCAAAACCCGACCCAGAAGAAACUAGCUUGGAAAAAGCUGCUGACCUUCUCUCACAGUGUUUUACGCUCCACAGAUAUGAGAGGGUCCCGGCAAUAACUCAGAUGGUUGGUGGACUCUGGGACAGAUUUCAAACAAGAUCUUUCUUGACACCGGUCAAACCAAUUAAUUUUGUGAGUCCAAGUUCUCGAAGCAAAUACAUUCCUCUCUACACCUCUGCAAAUAUCCCAGGAUACACUGGGAAGGUUCAUUUCACAGCCACCCACCCAGCAAAUUCUGAUCACCCAGCAACAGCUCCCUCGCCAGGCUCGGACGUGCUCGGCAUCUUACGGAAAGAAAUGGCAGUUGACCUCUUUCAUCACCAGGCACCGCUGUCCCGAAUGGUCACAACGGUAAAACCCUACAACCCCUUCAAUAAGAAGGAAAAGGAAACUGUAAAACACUGAAGUGGCUGCCGUCUGCGUGAGACUUCCAAACCUCAGCACUGGGGAGGUGCCGUGCAUGGCGUGCCGGGGGAAUAAAAGAGCAGGUGUUCUGAGUAUCCUUCAAGUCAGCUGAGGCCCGAUGCUCCUCUCUGAGUGAGGCAGCGUGUCUUGGAUCUCAGCCUUGGUCACACACUGGCCCUGGCCCUGGAAUGCCACCAUUCCAUGAUGGCUGCCAGGAUUUUCUGGAAGCCACCAGCAGCAAGAGUUUUAUUUGAGAUUCCCCUUAGAGUUGGGAUGCCAGGCCUACCUGGAUGUCUCAUGUCUUGACCAAGGUAAUGCAGGUAUUACAACCGUAGAGUGUACAUCAUAGAAUAUAUGAUCCCAGAUCAUUCAGUCAAACCCCACAUGUUGUCAAUGGGAAACCCCAGUGACAGAGAGAGAAAGUGGCACUGUUCCUUCCACACAGGGCACACAUCACAUGGGGGACAACAUCUAUGAUAGAGAAAGAUGAAACCUCCCUUGCCUGGCUCCAGGACUUUUCUUUCAGAGAGAGAAGUAUCCCCCAGGCUCCAUGAAGGUCACGAGGCAGGAAUGGCUGCUCAUG